CGGCUUGUCAGAUUUUAAAGUAGAAAAAUGUGAAUUGGAAACAAGAAUUACUACAGUGUACAGCAUUUAUUACAGUUGGUAAUUCCUAAGUUGCCCAUCAUUUAGUUUACAGGUGUUUACUCUGUGGAGGUAUGUAAAUUACAGGAUCUCUUUUACCAGGGUAGCACAGCAUGAUGCCUUACUGAAUGAGUAAGGGAUAUAUUUGUGUGACCUUCAGGUUUAUAAAAAGAACGUGCUCACGAGAAGUAUGUUGAUGAGUUGAAAUUAAAGGUUGGAAUCUGCCAGAGGAUUGAUUUAUAUGGGACUUUGAAAAAAUCCAUUGGUGAAAAUGGGCACAUUUAUGGGACAUUUUAUACCAGGUUCUUUCUUCUUUGGUUUUGGCUUGUGGUGGACCAUCCAAAUAUGGAUCAAUUUUUUCCGUGCACAAGGCAAGAAGAACCAGCCAUUCCGGUGCCGCGUGACAUAUCCAUGUAACUGCUUCAGAUUGAAGUGUUGCAGCUCCACCUGUUGGGAAGGAUUGUUGAAAGUGUUUCUAACAGGAUUUGGGAUCGUAGGGGAGACCAUCACAGGGUUUGAUGACAACUGGCAUUUUGUUCACAUGGGCAAUGCACAGCAUAUUACAAUGUUCUUCAUGUUUGGUCUGACUGGUGUAGUGGAUCUGAUGCAUUUUUACAAAGCCCCUAUCCCAAAGAAAUGUGACUAUCUGUCUGUUGUACUGGCCCUGGUUGUGGAGUGCAUCUUGUUUAUGUUCCACUUACAUGGAAGAACAAUGCUGGACAUUCACGUUCACACCUUGCUUAUCUACACUUUAUACUUUACAAUUGCAGCAGUUCUGGCAGAGAUGUACUUUGACAGACACAUGUUGGCAGCAUUUAUUCGUUCAUUUCUAUUUUUGGCUCAAGGAACCUGGUUUGUACAGGCAGGCUUCAUCUUGUACAACCCUCUUCCCGGAGCUUUGCCAUGGAAAGAGGACAGUCCUCAUGAAGUGAUGCUGGUAACCUUGUUUUUCACGUGGCAUUUAGGCUGCCUGUUCGUGAUCAUGCUCUGCAUAGGAGGGGUAGUAAACUGCUGCUUGCGAUAUCGAGGAAGCAACUGUCGAAGGGAUGAUAUGGCCAUGCAAAGACUUCUAGAUACAGACUCUAAUGGACAAACCAUGGUGAGGAUGGAUGCCUCAGACAGUGACAUUGAAUUCCAGUCAGUCCCAACUAGAAUUGCAGAUGAUGAUCUUUGAAUAUUGAUGAAAUCUUGAAUAAUGAAAAGCAGCAUGUGAUCAGUGACAUAUUUUAGAAGCGACAUAACUAUCAGUUAGAAAAGAGAAUGAAGAGGAAUUCAAGAUUUUUUUUACAUAAAAAAAUAGGCACUGAUAUGAUAUUUUCCCCUUGCCCUUAGGCUUCGUUCACAUGGAAAAUCUAUUUUAUAAAAAUCUAUUUUCUAUUCGCGGUAUCUUGUGAUCACGGUCUG